UUUUUGUAGAUUCCACUUUUGUUUAUAAAUGGCGACGAAACUUGCUUGUCACAUCGCUCAGAGAAUUUUCAACCUUUUUCAAUCAACACAGAAUGAUAUGUAGACUCUGAAACUUAAACUUAACCAUGGUAAAGCAAACCAUUAAAAUCUACGCUCGUGUGAAGCCGACGAAAUCCAGAGUAGGGCUUUAUGAUAUUGACGAUGAUGAUGAAUCGAUUCCUCGUUUGACAUUAAGUGUGCCAAGGGAUUUGAAAGAUGGGUUCAUAAACAAUAAAAAGGAAAACUACAAAUUCAGAUUUGAAAAAGUCUUCGAUCAGCAAGCCAAACAAGAUGAUGUUUUUGAACACGUAGCUAAACCUGUGGCUAAUAACAUAUUAGAUGGCUACAAUGGAACAAUUUUUGCCUAUGGACAGACUGGGAGUGGUAAGACUUUCACCAUCACUGGUGGGGCGGAGCGAUACAGUGACCGAGGAAUCAUCCCCAGAACCCUGUCCUAUCUCUACGAACAGUUUGAACAGGACUCUGAGAGAACAUACACGUUGCAUGUCUCAUACCUAGAAAUUUAUAAUGAAAGUGGUUAUGAUCUGCUGGACCCCAAACACGAGGCAGCCAAAUUAGAGGAUCUGCCGAAAGUGGCAUUAAUGGAGGACUCAGACCAGAACAUUCACUUGAAAAAUCUGUCCGUCCAUGCUGCAGCCAAUGAGGAGGAAGCUCUCAAUCUUCUGUUUCUGGGUGACACAAACAGGAUGAUUGCUGAGACUCCCAUGAACCAAGCCUCAACCAGAUCCCACUGCAUAUUUACAAUCCACGUUACCUCACGAGAAAGUGGAUCAGCCACAAUACGGAGAUCCAAACUCCACUUGGUGGAUUUAGCAGGAUCUGAGAGAGUUCACAAAACUGGGGUGAAUGGUGUCUUACUGACAGAAGCCAAGUACAUCAACCUUUCUUUGCAUUUCUUAGAACAGGUAAUUACGUCACUAGCGGAGAAGAAUCGACAGCACAUACCUUACAGAAACUCCAUGAUGACCUCCGUGUUACGAGACAGUCUGGGAGGAAACUGCAUGACCACCAUGAUAGCUACGUGUUCCAUCGAAAAACGCAACAUUGAUGAAUCUAUAUCCACUUGUCGUUUUGCACAAAGAGUUGCAAUGAUUAAGAAUGAUGUUAUGGUUAAUGAGGAGCUUGAUCCUAAGUUAAUGAUACAAAAACUGAAGAGAGAAGUCCAGAGUCUGAAGGAAGAGCUGGCCCUGGCCACAGGAGAACAGAGGACAGAUGCCCUCACAGACGAGGAACUAGACAGAUGUCGAGAGGCAGUGUCGGCCUAUUUAACAGACACUGAUCCAGAUGCUAUUUUAUCCAUUGGUGCUGAUAUGAGGAAAAUACAAGCCUGCUUUUCAAUAUUGAAAAAAUUUGUCCUUGACCAGCCAAAGGUAAAGGAAGUAGAGAGGACCCCCAGGAGUGCACGGUCAGAGAAUUUUGGCCCCCCUCCAGAGCCUCCCGACACAGGACCUUAUAGCAACACAGAAAACAACCGACUAAAGGAACUGGUGCAGCAGCGAGACAAUGAGAUCAACAUUCUAGUGAACAUGUUGAAAAAGGAGAAGAAGCGAGCUCAGGAUGCGAUAUCUGAGUUGGAAAGUUUCGGCCAGCUUCCUCGACAGUCUUCCUCAACGAGCGAGUCGAGCAUGGCCAACAGUCGAUCCAACAGCAGGAACCAACUGAGUCCAGACAAGUCACAGAAGCUGUCAACGAGUGAAGAAAAAGCCAAACAAACAAUCUUGGGUGACAUGUCGGUGGGCAGACAGGAGGCCUUCGAGAUUUUCAGGAGGGACUACUACAACAACCCCACCAUAGAGGAAAACAAACACAACCUGAAGCAGCGAUAUGCAGAGGCCAAAUCCCUGGGGGAGGGAGUCAACAAGUCCAGGCAGAGAAUCAACCAUGUGAAGGGCCAAAUUGAGCAACACAGAAUGCAGUUGCAUAGCCAAGGUCUCGAUGAUGGUAACAAUCAAGAAAUAGAUGAAGUUGAACAAGAACUCAGGGAUGAAAUGGAGGAGGAGAAAUUAAGAUAUAAAGAAAGCUUUGGAAGGUUACGAACUCUCAAAACAGAAAAAGAGCAUUUACAACACCUGCUGGAGAAAUCCAAAGUCAAGCUGAUGAAAAAUUUUGAAAUUUGGUUUGCAGAACAGGCUACUCUGAAUCAGGGUCCUCCAUCAUCACAUGGAAGAUCUGCCUGGAGAACACCCACUCCCAAAAACAGAAGAGAAGGAACCUAUGUGAUGACAAACUCCAUUAAUCCAGAGAGGACAUACAUAGCAAACUCAGCGAAUCCGGAGAGGGGACAGCUAACCUCAUCCUCUUCAGAGAAAGAUCUUGGUCAUCAGCGGCCAUCAUCUGGGCGCAGGCAGAAGGUGGCCAGUAGUAUAGCCAGCGGGUUCAAUAACAUGAGACCCCUCCCCCCAACCCACAAUGGUCACAGUAGUGGGGGUGAAGACAGUGCUGCAAUGAAUGGAUACAGAACAAAAAAAAAUAACAUUCCAAUGACUGGGGACCCAAAAGCAGAUGCUGAUAUUAUGGCCUUUAUCAAAGCAAGGCAAAAUAUCCUUAGAAAAGCCCAGCUAGAUCAGAGAUGACCAAACUAUUCACAAAAUGGACACUGGGUUUACACAGUGUAGAGCUUUCUACUAGUGCCAGACAAACGUAACUGCUACACAAACCGUCCAAUAUGUAGUUGUCUCCAGUACAUGUACUACCAAGUGCUUUCAUACAGUUCAGUGGUGGAGUUACUUCCCUUGGACUGCUCAUGGUGUACUACUAAGUAAUGAUCACACUGCUGCACACUUCUAGUGCAUUGUGCAUUUACUGUACUAAUAUGGUGAUGUGAAUUGAGAUUCCAAAGUUGUUCUUCAUCUAGAGCGAUGAUGGUUGUGUUCUGUUCCAUGUAUUUAUUAAGAAAUCUGAUCUUUGAAUAAAUAUUUAUGUGUA